CAGUUUAUGGACUGUGGACUCUUGCAUUUCUCUGCACCGGUAUCGAGAUUAGAGAAGAAGCAAGCGCGAGGGUCGCUCACUUGCUGUAAUCGAGUAUUUUAUUUUGACGGUGUGAUAGUUUACUCAAGGUCUGUUCUUUCCCUUCCACUGGGAUUUCCUGUCUACAAUGUCUGCAACGAGCAAUGAGAAAAUGGAUGAUGGAGCCAGUCCGACUGGCAACACAAGGGAGCAUCCGGUUGCGCUUCGAGUGCCAGGAAUCGACUGUGUUGAGAAAAUUGUCAUCAUUCUGGAUUUGUCCCCGGAAAUGAACUCAAAGCAUUUCCGAAGCCUGGAAAAGCGCACAAUCAUCCACCUUACAAAGAGAGCCAUUGAGAACUUUCUGCACAAUAAACACUCGAUCAACGCGAAGCACGAGUUUGCGCUGAUGGUGUUUCGUGAGCGAGCAGAAUGGCUGGUGGAUUUUCAGUCUAAGCCCGAUGACUUAAUAACGCAGCUCAACCACUAUUUCCCCAUCGACUCAACCCCUGCUGAGAUUGAUCUCUCAGUCAUCUUUGAUUGCUUGCACUCCAAGAUCAAACUACCCAAGGCAGCUGGUGCUGAUGUUGCACCAGCUUACAUAGUGCGUGCUAUCAUGGUGUAUGGCCGUUCGCACAGCGUACCAACACUGGAGAAACCGUGUGCGUCUUACGACAGCUUGCUCUCCUCGCCGUAUUUCUUCCUGGAUAUCCUCUAUGUACAUGAGAUUCCUAGUGACGACAAUGUCUGCACGGAUGUUUACACUGCUCUAUGUCAGCUGGAUGAGACUGAGAAGGCGUAUGUCCUGGAAGUGUCGACCAGUAUGACUAGGUUAUUGGAGAACGUCACCAUUCUCCUGGCACAUGCGCUGCAGCGACCGCCACAAGCCGAUGCCAACUAUGCACUGACCAGUUGAACUACUUGAGUACCACCUGUACGUGUUGAUGUACUGUAGCUGUUACAGAUAGUGGUGACAGUCAGUGUGAGGUUAGGGUCAGUGAACCACUCUCUUCUAGCAUAAUGUUGAUGUCCACAUGUUGCAGUGGUGAUCAGUAUCAUAUGUAUAUCGCUGAACUGGUGUGGCCACCAUGCCCUCUCCUAUGCUGUAGCUCACUCUGCCAAAGUCCCAUCCUUGUCGUACAAAUUGCCACAAGCUGCUCACCACCUUACAUGAAACACACACGCGUGUGCACCCGUAUCUUUCACUGAGGGCUUUGCUUAACACCGUUUUACUUCAUCAUGUUUAUGCUGCUGCUUCUGCUGCUGCCACCACUGCUGCUGUUGCUGUUGCUGCUGCUGCUCGUAUAAGUAAGUGCUGUAGAAAUACGAAGCGAGGUUAUGUCGCUUUUGUGUCCAAUCGUUUUAAAGGCAUGUGCCAACUUACUUA